GGUUCCUGCCAGCUGGUGGCGCAGUUUGUUGACAGCAGCUCAGUAUCCGUAUGGGAGCUGUCAGGGCGAUGUCACCGCUCAGAUCCUUAAUAUCCUGCUGCAUUUGAACAUCUGGACCAACAUCUGGGCGGAACCUUCCCUGUAAACUGAGAAACAUGGAGGCCCAGCUGACCCCGCCCUCCAUCCUGAGAGAGUUCUGCCCGCUUUACUACCUGCUGAAUGCCAUCCCAGCCAAGGUGCAGCGUGGGUUCAGGUCUGUCCUGGUCUACCUGACGGCUCUGGACAGCAGCAGUGACUUCCUGGCGGUGGGCAGCAGCAUCGGCAUGCUCUACCUGUACUGUCGCCGCCUCGCACACAUGAACAAGUACAGCCUGGAGGGGAAGAGUGAUGCGAUCACAGCUGUAAAGCUGCUCAGCUGUUUUGAUGACCUGGUUGCCGUGGGAACAGCAUCUGGUCGAGUAGCCAUCUUCCAGCUGGUGUCCCCGCUUCCUGGUCGGAACAAACAGUUGAGGCGUUUCGAUGUGGUUGGCCUCCAUAAAGGCUCCGUAACGUCUUUGGCGUGGAGUGCCAACGGGAUGAAGCUUUUCUCUGGAGAUGAUAAAGGACGAGUUGUGUUCUCGUCUCUGGACCUGGACCAGGGGGUGUGUAAACCUGUGCUGCUGUUGGAGGAGUCUUCAGGUGUGGUUCAGAUGGAGUACAGCCACCAGGUGCUGCUGGUCUCUACACAUCAGAGAUCUCUGCUUUACUGCACACAGAAACAGGAAGUCCAGCAGCUGGGUUCAAAGCCCCGCAAGAGCAGCGGCAGGUUCGGAGCCUGCUUCCUGCCGGGUCUCUGUAAACAGAGCGAUCUUCAGGUGUUUGCUGCUCGACCUGGACUCAGACUGUGGAGGUCCGACAUCAGAGGACAGGUGGAAGACACCAGACUGCUGAAGCCACUCUUCACCACACAGAUUCCUCAGUUUGAGUUGUUCCCUCGUUCUGAUCCAAUCGGAGCUUAUCGUCCGGCAGACAGACAGCUCGGUCUGCUCAGCUGUUUCCUCAGAGAGGGCUGGAUCCUCAGCUGGAACGAGUACAGCAUCUACGUCCUGGACUGUCUCAACGAGGUGAUAAUCGGAGCCUUGGAGAGCAGUGGAGAUAUUGUUUCAGUGUCUUGUUGUGACAACGAGAUCUUCAUCCUGAAAGGAGACAGAGACAUCAUCCGUCUCUCUAACAGCCCAGAGGGACUGGCCUCCAACUUGUCCGAGCUCUCUGUCCGCCUGUCCUCUCCUUUGGCCACACCCACCGUCCUCCCACCGAUGGGAUCAGUGGAAACAGCUCAGCCAAUCAGAACCAUGGCUAUCAUCGUAGAGGCGGGCGGGAGGGAAGAGGGAGGAGGAGGAGGAGGAGGAGGAUGGGAGAGGCACAGCGAGGAGGGAGAGAAAGAGGACGAGGAGGAAGGAGUGGAGGAAGUGGAGGAGGCAGAGGAGCAGCUGGAGCAGGCGGAGCAGCUCGGCCAGCGGUCCGGUUUGUUCACCACCAGCUCUCGGAGCCGCAGCAGCUCUGUCACUUCCUGGGACAGUCUCCAUGGAAACGCCCCGGUGACCACAUCCUGCGAGCUGAGCUGCAGGCGCUACAGCGCCCCCCUGGGUCAGGGGGAGAUGCUGCAGGAGCUGGUGGUGAAAGCCAUCAGAGUGAAGAAGAAGAAGAGGAGACGACAAGACAGCAGCAGUGGGAACCGUCUCUCUGAGAGCAGCUGUUCAGACUCCAUGUUUGUAGUCCAGGACAGCAGCUGUAGUGACGGAGGAAGUGGGACUCCUCUGAGUGACCAAGCCUCCCUUAUCGGUCUGGACCUUCAGAACCAGGACUCCCCAGAACCAAACCAUGACCAGGACUCACAGGAGAGUCAGGGUAUAAAGGAUGGAGAGGAGUCGUCCCCCAUCGAGUCUGGCUCCCUCCUGCCUCCAGGUUCCCUGCUCCUCCAGGGUCUGGAAGCCUCUGGUCCUGGGGCAGAGGCAGAGGUUGUCCCACCGACUCCAGAUGUGGAUCUGCUGUUGGAGUGCACCUUUUCCUACAUGCACAACGCUGAGGAGGAGGACGGACAGGAGCAGCAGCCAAUGGAGGAGCAGGAAGACGAGUUUCUGAGCCCUCUGAUUGGACCGGAGGAGGAGGAGGAGGAUGAGGACCUGGCGCCCCCUGCUGGUCUGGUGGACCAAAUGUUUUAUUCUACGGUGUCUUGUCUGGACAGAAAACCCAGUAUGUCCAGUGAUGAAGAAGGAGACAUCUACUGUCACACUGUGCCCCCUGCUGGCAGCGGGGGGGAGGUCCUCAACUGUCCGUCCACUCAGACGGAGAACACAGCAGACAGAAAGUUGGACCAGGAUGCUCAGGACAGAGACACACCGAAAGCUGACCAGUUGGCAGAGAGCUGGAUGGGCUACUCAGGACCGGGAUGUGGAAUACUGAGCCUGCAGGUGACUGACAGGUAUGUGUGGUGUCUGGACUUUAAAGGAGGACUGUUCUGCAGCCCUCUGCCUGAAACUGGACUCACCUGGCAGCGUUUUGAAGACAACGUCCACCAGGUGGCGUUAUCACCUUCAGGUAAUCUGGUGUGGAAGGUGGAGCAGAAGAGCAUGACGGCGUUUGCUUGUGCUAAAGUAUCAGUUAAAGGAAAACGUCACUGGUACAAAGCUGUGGAGCAAACGGGAUUCGUGGCUCUGAGUGACGACUCCGCCUGGAUCAUCAGGACCAACGGAGACCUCUACCUGCAGACAGGUCUGAGCGUGGACCGGCCCUGCGCCCGCUCUGUGAAGGUGGACUCGCCCUGCGUCUUCAGCCAGGUGUGUGUGAGAGGAGGCGUGGUCUGGGCCCUGAGCGAGCACAAGGCCCUGUUCUACAGAGAGGGCCUGAACAGCUACUGCAGCGAGGGCGAGGGCUGGAAGUACGACACCGUCAGUGAGGCUCAGGGUCUGGACUUGAUGUGCGUUGCCCUGGGAGACGGUGGUACCGCCUGGGCCCUGGAUGCCAGUGGCAGCCUGUGGUUCAGAACCGGUAUCUGUGGGUCCAGACCGCAGGGGGACGACGACCACUGGUGGCAGAUCAGCAUCUCGGACUACGUGGUCUUCGAUCAGGGCAGUCUGUUCCAGACGCUGCUGCAGGCCACCCAGAGCGUUGCCACGGUAACCAGGGCGCCAGUGGAGCGGGUGGUGGCCUUCCUGUCGCAGUACUCGCAGUGCCAGCCGAGCCUGGUCAGCGCCAACGCCAGCGGAGUCUGGGUCGCCUCUGGCCGGAACCAGCUGCACCUGGCCCGCGGCAGUCUCGUGGGAACCUUCUGGCAGAACGUUGUUCCAAGAGGAACCGUCUCAGCCACCAGAUGGACCUUCAUCACGUCAUCGGCUGUCCCGCACAGAGAAGGUACGUUCCUGUGGUUGGCUCAGAGCCGGAAGGAUCUGUUCUGUGUCUGGGACCAGGAUGGAGAGCUCCGCCCCUCCUCCGUCCCUCUACCACCUGAGGUGGAGCUGACUCACCUGUCUGCCUGCCGUGAUGCUCUGUGGGGUUUGGACACGCACGGCAGAGUCAGUAUUCGGACGCUGUCUCCGUCCUGUCCCAUCGGACUCCACUGGACCCCCCUGGACCUCAGCCAGCUCGGGAGUGUUCGUCUGGUCAGUGUGAGCUGCGGCAGUCAGAACGUCUGGGCCGUGGACAGUCGAGGAGUCGUUUACUUCAGAGUUGGAACCCAGCCUCUGAACCCGAGCAUGAUGCUGCCAGCCUGGAUCCACAUAGAACCCCCUGUACAGCCAAUAGGAGUGCAGCUGGUCAGUAUUCAGACGAGUCCUAACGACCGCCUCCUCUGGGCCUUGGACAACAGAGGAAGCGUCUUUGUCAGGACCGGACUCAGUGAUGAGAUGCCUGUGGGGACGGACUGGGAGCUGGUACCAGGUCUGGCGGUCAGUCAGCUGGUCCUCAGCUCUCGGACAGUUUGGGUUCGGUGUGUAAACGGAGAUCUGGCUCGACGUUACGGCGUCUCUGACAGAAACCCUGCAGGAGACUACUGGAAGAAGAUCCCCGGAAACGCCAACUGGUUAACUGUGACUCCAGAGGACGAGUUGUGGGCGGUGACUCUGAUUGGUGGAUUGUCCCGUCGCCUGACGAAGCUCCUCCCACAGACUCCCUGUAGACCCGCCCCCUCAGGCCCGUCCCUCAGUGGAGACGACGUUGAUGACGAAUGGGAGCUCAUCUGACCAGUGACAUCACUGUGAUGUCACCACUGUUUGGUGUUGGUCUGUCUGAUCUGGAUCCACCUGGAGGGACGUCAUCUUAGUGACAUCACUGUGGGUUGUGUGAUGCCACAGACCGACACUGAGCAGGCAGGUGACAUCAUUUCCUGUGACAUUAAUGUUUAGAGGACAAUUCUGAAGGACGAUGCCACACAGGGAGCUCAGCGGGCUGCUGGGACAUGAAGUGAAAUAAGUUUCAGUUUUGUUUCUAAAGGAAGCACUUAAAUCUGAAGGGACUGGUUCAGUGUGGUUCUUACUGGUUCAGUCUGGUUUAACUGGGUCUAACUGGACUAAUGUUUCAUUCCUGUUCAGCUGUCUGUUUCUAUGUGAGGACAUUAAGGGAACACGUUUACUCCAGUUCUAACUGGUUCAGUCUGAUUCAGUUUAUUGAGACUAGUUAGCUUGAAGCUAAUUAUUAAAGGGACGCUCACUCCAGUUCAUGUGAUCAAUGCACGACCGAUCGAUAUUUAGUAGUGACCUGGACUUAAUGUUUGUUUGUUUUAUGCUUUUAACUGGAGCUGCUUCUUCUUCACUUUAACUUCUUCAGUUUUCUUCUUCUGGAGUUAAAUGAGUCGAACUGGUUUGGAUUCUAGUUGCUGGUUCACCUGUGGAAGUGUUGCCCUCAUGCACAGUUACCACGGCA